GAUCCCUUUUUAGAAGAUAUUUGGAAUAAGUAUAAAUUUGAUGAUAAUGUGAAUAAUGAGGAUGUACAAAGAUUUUUACCAUUAUGCAAUAGCAAUGUUGUUCAUUCUGACCUUACCUCUGUAAUAGAACAAAUAAUUAUUUGCACAAAACUUUUAAGAAAUUUGAAGGAGGCAAAAAAUAGAUCUAUACCAAGGGACGAAGAUUAUAUUGACUGUUACUAUAUAUACUAUUGGUUAUAUUAUAAAAUGAAGGUACAUAGUAUUUCUUAUGAUAUUAUUUACAAUAUAUUAGCUAAAUCAAAUAAUAUAAUAAGAGAAAGGAACAACGAUUUCCUUGACUGUUCUUCAUACAUGUUAAAUGAUGGCUUGCGCGAGCAAGAAGAAUCAGUAAUGUUAAAAAUAUUUAAUAAUAAUAUUGAUGUUACUAAAAAAAUAUUAAACGAAAAAUGUGCUUCUGAUAUAUGCUCUUGUAAAAGAUUUAUCAAACCAUUCUUAGAUUCAUAUAGAUCUAUGCCUAAUAAUUACCCUAAAGAUUGUAAGGUUGGGGGGAGCAUUGACUCUACCUGUCUUGCAGUAAAAAGGUUUAAAGAAAAUUAUGAGAAAUAUCGUUCCGAAAAAAAA